UCAUUCCACUCCUCUUCUAGUUGAAGCUCUCUUCUUCUCUUCUGCUCUUUUCCUCUUCUCCCUUAUCCCUCUCUUUUCUUCUCUUUUUCUCCAAAAUACAUACAUGGAAACCACUCAAGAUCAUGAAAUCUCACCCACAAUCCCAACUACCGAAAAGAAGAGAACACACCAAGAAAGUGAGAUGGGUCAUGAAGCCCUUCAGUCCUCCAAUGGCCUCCUCCACCAUAGACGGCGUUCAAAGGCCAUUAACAGAAGGCUCCGCAGGAAGCGAAGAAACGCCAAGGCUAAGCUUCAGAGAAAUAACUCUAAUGCUAGUGGUGAGGAAGACGAGGAGAAAGUUGGGAUAGAGAAGAGGAUCAUGCUGUUGCAGAGUAUCAUCCCUGGUGGAGAAUCACUAGGGAUCGAAAAGCUUUUUGAAGAAACAGCUCUCUAUAUAUUGGCUCUGCAAGGCCAAGUUAAGGCCAUAAAGAUUCUUACCAGCUUAUUUGAAAGCCUCGAGAAGGAGAAGUCCAAGCUUGGAGGCUAAUAAUCAGAGUUCUUCAUUGUUAUUUUUGGCUCUCUGUAAACUCAAUUGCUUCCUUUUUCUUUCUCUUGUUUUCAAAAUUUCUCUCCAUAAUUUGUUUUUCUUGGGGAAAGCUGGUUGGUAAGGAUCUAUGAUAUGCUUGUGUAGGCUUUGUAACAAGUCUAAAUCAUGUAUAUGGAUGUUAUGGAGAGAACAUGCCUUGGUUUUUACCUUUA